AUGGCGGACGGCGCGGGCUCGGCGUCUGGUCUGGAGGAGAAGCUCGCGGGGCUCUCAACGGGCGGCGACGGGCAGAAUCCUCCGCCGGCGGGUGAGGGCGGAGAGGAGCUGCAGCUCUCGAAGAACGCGAAGAAGAGAGAGGAGAAGAGGAAGAAGCUGGAAGAGGAGCGGAGGCUCAAGGAGGAAGAGAAGAAGAACAAGGCUGCGGCAGCUGCUGCCAGUGGAAAGCCUCAGAAGGCAUCUGCUGCUGACGAGGAUGACAUGGAUCCCACUCAAUACUAUGAGAAUAGGCUCAAGACUCUUGAUUUGCUCAAGGCCACAGGUGUAAACCCCUAUCCCCAUAAGUUCCUGGUUGGCAUCUCUGUAGCCGAAUACAUUGAGAAGUACAAGGCCUUGAGCAAUGGGGAGAAGCUUACAGAUGUGACAGAGUGUUUAGCUGGGAGGAUCAUGAACAAGAGGACAUCAUCAUCUAAGCUAUUCUUUUAUGAUCUUUACGGUGGUGGCAUGAAGGUUCAAGUGAUGGCUGAUGCCAGGACCUCAGAGUUGGACGAAGCUGAAUUCUCUAAGUACCACUCGGGUGUGAAGCGAGGUGAUAUUGUUGGCAUAUGUGGCUAUCCAGGGAAAAGCAACCGAGGGGAGCUUAGCGUAUUCCCAAAGAAAUUUGUCGUGCUCUCUCCAUGUCUUCAUAUGAUGCCUCGACAGAAAGGUGAAGGAAGUGCAGUGCCUGUACCAUGGACUCCAGGAAUGGGUAGGAACAUCGAAAAUUAUGUUUUAAGGGAUCAGGAAACUCGGUAUCGUCAAAGGUAUCUUGAUCUUAUGGUAAACCAUGAAGUGAGGCAUAUCUUCAAGACACGAUCUAAAGUUGUCUCAUUUAUCCGGAAAUUUCUAGAUGAACGUGAAUUUUUGGAGGUGGAGACUCCGAUGAUGAACAUGAUUGCUGGUGGAGCAGCUGCGAGGCCUUUUGUUACACACCACAAUGAAUUAAACAUGAGGCUUUUUAUGCGUAUUGCACCUGAAUUAUAUCUGAAGGAAUUGGUUGUUGGUGGAUUGGACCGUGUUUAUGAAAUUGGAAAACAAUUCAGGAAUGAAGGAAUUGAUUUAACACACAAUCCUGAAUUCACAACUUGUGAAUUUUAUAUGGCUUAUGCCGAUUACAAUGAUUUGAUGGAGCUUACUGAAACCAUGUUGUCAGGCAUGGUUAAGGAGCUGACAGGUGGCUAUAAGAUAAAAUAUCAUGCAAAUGGAGUUACGAACCCCCCAAUAGAAAUUGAUUUCACGCCUCCCUUCAGAAGGAUAGAUAUGAUUAAAGAUUUGGAGGCUAUGGCCAAUCUCAAUAUACCAAAAGAUCUAUCAAGUGAUGAAGCGAAUCGUUACUUGAUAGAAGCAUGUGCGAAGUAUGACGUGAAAUGUCCACCUCCCCAAACGACAUCACGGUUGCUUGACAAGUUAGUUGGCCAUUUCUUGGAGGAGACGUGUGUGAAUCCAACAUUUAUCAUCAAUCAUCCAGAGAUAAUGAGUCCAUUGGCAAAGUGGCAUAGGUCCCGACCUGGAUUGACUGAGAGGUUCGAGCUAUUUGUUAACAAACAUGAGGUGUGCAAUGCAUACACAGAGUUAAACGAUCCUGUUGUGCAGAGGCAACGGUUUGAGGAGCAACUAAAGGAUCGUCAAUCUGGUGAUGAUGAAGCUAUGGCCCUGGACGAAACAUUCUGUACUGCCCUUGAGUAUGGUCUACCACCAACAGGCGGUUGGGGCUUGGGAAUUGAUCGCCUCACGAUGUUGCUAACAGAUUCCCAGAACAUUAAGGAAGUUCUUCUAUUCCCGGCUAUGAAGCCUCAAGAGUAG